CAUAUGGAGAUGUGGGACUAUAAAUAGGAGGGAUGAAGCCAGCAGAGAUCAGAUUCUCUCUACAGAGACCUCUACAGCACAGAGAUCCAGACAUGGCACCUACAAUCACUGCAGCAAUGACCGAUUCUCAGGAGCAUCUGACUCUGACCCACAAGCUCAGAAAGCCUCUGGUGGAGAAGUUACGCAGAGAGCGAAUCAACAGCAGCAUUGAGCAGCUCAAGUCUCUCCUGAGUCCAGAGUUCCUCAAACAGCAGCCAGACUCCAAGCUGGAGAAAGCAGACAUCCUGGAGAUGACAGUUUGUGUCCUGAGACGGCUGCAGCAGCAGAAUCAACAGCAGAGAAGACUGCUGAACCACAUCAACAAGCUGCAGUCUUCCUCUGAUAACAACCUGAGAGAGGCUGACUUCUCUCUUCUGAGCUCCACAGUCCAGACCAGCAUCACCAAAGAGAAGAGUCCAGUCAACAGCGCCGUCUGGAGGCCGUGGUAGACACCUACAGACUGGAGUUACUACCAGACAAACUGAGAUGACCAUAUUGGUCAAAGAUU